UGUAUUGUAGAGUUUAGAAAAAAAUAAAAUACCACCGUGUUUCUCCAAUUUUUUUUUCUCAGACGUCUUGCUUUCUUCAUUGCAUUUCCUCGUCUUUUCUUAUGGGUACUAAUUUCUCCCUUCUUUUCGUAUUCUCUCUGUUUCUUAACAUUCUGGACUCACACGCUCAGAUAAAGCAGCUCUUUGUCGAAAAGACUUCGGGUUUAUAACUUUUCCACCAAAAUGAAAAAGAAAAAAAAUGUUUUCUCUUUUUCCGGUUAUUAAUCGUUAAUAGACCCAAUGGAACUCAUAUAUUUAUUAGCAAUUCCGUGCCGUUCCUGAUUUUUUACACUCCGCCAGAGACUGAGAUGGAAAAAAUUGGUGUAUCGAUUUCAGAGGUCAGGAAUGUUGUCACAGGAAAUUCUAAUGGCGAUGCAGUUGAAAUGGAGGGUUUCAAGCAACGUGUUGAUGAAAUAAUCUCGAAGGUUGAUAAGCUUGAGCAGAAAGUACAUGAUAUAGAUAAUUUUUACUCGAGUAUGAAUAAAAUGCAAACAAAAAUGCCUAAAGGUAACUCAGCUACAAAGGAUAAAGAUAAAGAGAAAUAUAUUCCAAGCAUUAAGAAGCAACAGCAGGAUGCCUCACGUAGAGAAGCGGCUGCUUCAAAAAGAAUGCAAGAUCUCAUACGCCAGUUCGGCACAAUACUACGCCAGAUCACGCAACACAAGUGGGCUUGGCCUUUUAUGCAGCCUGUGGAUGUAGAGGGCCUUGGUUUACAUGAUUAUUACGAGGUCAUUGACAAGCCCAUGGAUUUCUUUACCAUUAAGAAUCAAAUGGAGGCUAAAGAUGGUACGGGAUAUAAACAUGUUCGGGAAAUAUGUGUUGAUGUGAGGUUGGUUUUCAAGAAUGCUAUGAAAUAUAAUGACGAAAAAAGUGAUGUUCAUGUGAUGGCAAAAACUUUGUUGGCAAAGUUUGAGGAGAAAUGGUUGCAACUUCUGCCUAAAAUUACUGAAGAGGAAACAAGACGAGAAGAGGAAGAAGCUGAAGCACAAUUAGCCCUGCAAGCUGCCCAAGAAGCAGCUCAAGCUAAAAUAGCUAGAGACUUGAGUAAUGAGCUGUAUGAAGUUGAUGCAAUUUUAGAAGAGCUACGAGAGAUGGUUGUUAAAAGAUGCAGAAAAAUGUCAACCGAAGAAAAGAGAAAGCUUGGAGAUGCUCUUACCCGAUUAUCACCUGAAGAUCUAAGCAAAGCAUUGGAAAUAGUUGCUCAAAACAAUCCUGGCUUCCAAGCAACUGCUGAAGAGGUGGAUCUUGAUAUGGAUACUCAGAGCGAGUCUACCUUGUGGAGGUUAAAAUCUUUUGUUAAGGAAGCUUUAGAAGUGCAGGGCAAGAAUUCAGGAAGCAUUGGUGGCAAUGAGAACCAAAACAACAACAAAAAACGAAGAAAAGGGUUGUGUGAUGCAACUGCUAAAACGAAGAAGACUACCAAGAAACCUACUUGAAGAUCAUUUGGCAGCUUUUAGAUUGUCUCAAUUAUGCUGAUGCUGAAGGAGUAAUUGCAAGAAAGAAACCCAUGAAUUUGAAGGCAUUUUCUUGUUGUGGCUAAAAUUAAUCUCUCAUGCUAACCAUAGUCUUUUCAAGUGGUUCCUUUCUACUCGGGAAGAAGACCUUGAGAUGUAACACAGUAGUUUUGUGGUGGGACCCAUGUAUUAUUCAUUUCUAGUGAUUAAAUAGGAUAAAAAGUUUCUCAUACAAUGCUAAUUUGAUUUUCAUUUGUGAUUAGAAAUCAAUGGCCAAGUCACGGGAAUGGUGUAUAUUAUCUUUAAAUAAUUUGAGUGUAAGGUCUGGUGUCAUCUUUUGACUUGUCUUUCCAUAUUAGCUUCCAUUUGCUUCAGGUCAGAAUUCUUUACGUUUCUUUUAGAAAUUGUUAUUCUAGAAUGUUAGAAUUACUUCAAACUAUCUAUGUUAUUAUGAAGUAUAUGAUAUCAGAGAUUUGGUUA